AUGCGUACUCACGGGCAUGGUUCGACCCAUCCAGGACGAUUUGGUGACUUUGGGGGACGCUACGCCGCGGAGAGCCAGAUCGGCUUCCUCCAGGACUUGACGGCCGUCUUUUGCCACGCAACGUGCGAUGCCCACUUCUGGAGCGAGUUCUGGGAGCUCGUCCCCCCCCCCCCCCCCCCGGCCUACCCCCCUACAGUAUGCGGCAGGGCUGACGCGUGUCGGAGGCGAGGCUGCUAUCUGGCUGAAGCGGGAGGAUCUUCGCACCUUCGGGGGCCACAACGCAUACAACCUCGUCGGACAAGCGUUGCUGGCCCGGCGGAACCGAAUGUGGAUGUAAUGCGAUCCGCGGCCACUGGGAAACACCUGCUGCCACGAGACGGUUCGAUACGAUUGCUGGAGUUCGGCUUCGCUGCGAGCCCGCUCCGCAAGCGACAAUCGGCCGCGGCAGUUCUGUUGCGACCACUGGUGGAUCUGACGCCAGGGCUUCCGCAGGAAUUCGAGAUUGGAUGCAAUAAAGCAGCACGACUCGGAGCCACGUUGGCAGAAAUCCAUUAG